AUGAGAUAUGCUUUCAUUUUUCUUUUAGCAUUAGUGGUGGAACAAAUUCUUUCACCUCUACUCGACCACAAUGUUAAUUAUGUGGCAAGAUUGGUCAUUUUGUUUGAAAUUGUUAUCCCAGACGGUAAAGUAACUACAUCCAAAGAGACUAUUGAAAGCAUUGAUGAGAAGAACAAGAUAGUCAUAUUCAAACUCUUUGAUGGAGAUAUCGAUCAACGCUACAAGGCCUUCAAGGUUAUUUUUCAAGUAAUUGAGCACAAUAAUGGAAGUGGUUCGGCUAAAUGGACCGUUGAAUAUGAGAAGGUCAAUGAUGAUGUUGAAGCUCCAUAUGGCUACAUGGAAUACUUUGACAAAUUUACUAAAGAUAUAGAUGCUCAUCUCCUCAAUGCAUAA